CCUGUUGUCUGGCAUUGUGUUUAAGCCCUUAGUUUUCGGGCCACUGGAACAAAUAUGGCGAUUCGGCCGCUUGGCGGCGCUCGGCACUAUAGCUCGUGCGCCGGGGAUCAAUAUGGCGACCGCUGCCGUCGUCGUCUGCUCGAUUUGACACUGACAGUCCCAUUCGCUCAUCCGCCCAUUCGCUGGUCAACGCGUUCCAAGUUAUAUCCGGGGAUGUUGCCUCGCGUGAUCUCGCAGAAAAUGUCCCCGUUUUCAACGCGCGGCAUUUCGUUUCGGCGGUGGCUCGCUCGUUUCCCGCGAGGCGGCCCGUCAGAGAGGCUCGUCAUCGAUCGUUAAUCCGCCGUCGUCUGCUGCCGCGGGCGGGACGGCUGCGCGGAAAUCGGGGGUGCCGAGCCCGCGCGAGACUCUCGAGAACCGUGCGCCCGCUUAUUUACUCGCAAUCGCGGGACACCACGGGACACUCGCUGCUCCCCCGAGGAGGAAGACGACAGAAGGAGGAAAAAUGGAAGCGUGGAGGAGGAGGAGUGAACGCUCAGCGCGACUCGUGAACGCGCGAUGUGUCCAACGCGUCGUCGCCGUUGCGGGGAUGGUGGCAGAGGUCCGAGUGAGGCCUCGUACUUGAACAAGACCCUUCGAUCGUUUGUUAUGGAUUUCGACGCGACGACCGUGAAUGACGUGUCGACACGCUCGGUGCGGCUGUAACCCGCACGGGGGAGUCCCGCAAAGUCCCGGGUCCCGCGCGUCAGUUGCCAGCCGAAAACGCUAGCCGCGUGCGAGGGAGAAAGGUGAUUUCGACCGGUGGCGAUGGCCCCCGAGUAUCAUGUGUACGAAACGCGGAGGAGAACACCCGGCGUCCGAUCGUCGGCCGGCCGUCGUGAUGUCGUGAAUGAGAACGCGGCUCUCGCCUGACGUAGCUCUGCCACAGGACUCCUGCCUUCAGGAAGAGGGGAAUCUCGUCGUUACUCUAGUCACUCGCUCACUCUUCGAGUCUAAUUUAAAGUCGUAUCGCUGGCCGAUACCCCGAGCGCAAUUACCUGGGUAUCACACCGUGAAUAUCGCGCCCUCCCGCAUGACUGAUACCAAAGCAUUGACGGUUAUGAAUAUCGUACUUACGGGACACUUGUCGGUUGAUCCCGCAGAGUUUAGGUACUAGUAAGUUUUUUUUUUUUUUUGAGGUGCAAGGCGACGCAUAGCGCGAUACUCAUAAAUGUUACGACGACGUUUCGAAUACUGAAUGUACUUCACUUCGUACAGAAAGCUGCGAACUGGGAACCUAUCGUACGUAAACUGUAUAUUGUAUUUUUUUUCUUGAGAGCUUACCGAUAAUUUGGGAAUAUAGAGAAAAUAUUUUUGAGAGCUUUUCUACGACAUAUUUCGAUCGUGAAUAGGAUAAAGAUUUUUUUUAUAAGCUGUAGUAAAGAGACGUAAGAGGUCGAGGUGAUCUUAUAAUCUCCACGUGACACACGAAGGGUGUAAUCGCUGGCUCUUGCGUGCUAAAUGCCCCAAGCCGUGAGUAUAUUAUGGAGCAGAACGAGGGUAACAGCGUCUCCGGCGUUUCGAACAAGGUGGAAGUUUCGCCUAAGUCGAAGCAAAAGAAAAAGUCCCUCUGCCGCAUGCUCAUGAACAAGAAGACCAAGGUCGGCUGCCUGGAGUCCUCGUACAACCGGGACGGCGAUUCGCAUAGGAACUCCAAGCUGGAAAGCUCGCAGUACGGAUCACAGACCAGCACCAAGCUGUCCCUGUGCUGCGCCAUGACUGAACGUAGCAGGACACCACCGCAGAGCCUGACGGUCAGCAGGCUCUCCCCGACAUUGAGUCGCACCUCGGUCAAAUCUGAGAUAGCCUCCAUCAACGAGGACAAUCGUCAGACGGACGUGCUGGUCGAGUCCUCCAGGGAAGAGAUACACGACGCAAACGAGCAGGAGAUGCCCACCCAAGCGGUUGAGGAGGCUACUCAGGUAGUCAGAAGGAGUAAUGUAGCAGUAGGCAGGGAGUACCAGCGACCUGUUACUUAUGUAGAAGACUCAACAGAAGACUCGUUUGAAGACUCUUCAGAAGAUGAAAACGAUCUAAUCGAGUCGCGAAAAUACUUUAAGGAUGAUUACUUUACAAAGGGAAAAUAUAUUACUUAUUUCUUCCUGGAAAUGGAACGGCAAUUCUACAAUCCUACAGAUGUUUACAGUAUAAUUCAGUAUCAUGAUACUGCUUGCAAAAAACCAGAGAAAGAAGGUGAAUACUCUUCCUCGGGAUCGUUAUCGCCGAGUAUAUCGGGACAAUUACGCCGUAGAUUACUUCAUAGAAGAUCUGCCGAUAACUUGAUCGUGAACUCACCUACAAACUCUUUGAGACAUUCUAGUCCAGACUCUAUUAAGAGUGCACCGAUACAUCAUAAGUCACGUUCAACAUCUCACGAUGCUCUGUCCAAAAAGAGAGAACGUUUCUUUUGUAAAACAACAGGAGUGUCUAUGGAUAGCUUGGCAAAGCAAUCAUUACUUGCUGCACAAGUACUUAAUCUAAUUCCUACUCAAAAGGCACGGGAAAGGAAUUUUCUUCACGGAAGAAUUGCCGCCAAUUCCUUACUUGGACCAGUGGAACUUGAGAAAGUAUUGCCUAAUCGAGAAUUGAAAAUUUUUAUUGGUACAUGGAAUAUGAAUGGCCAAACUCCGCCAAAGGAAUUGAACGAUUUUAUGUUGCCAUCCGACAUAGAGACUGUUCCUGAUUUGUUAGCUAUAGGAACUCAGGAAUCGUGUUCCGAACGACAUGAGUGGGAAGCCGCUCUGCAAGAAACUGUCGGUCCUUCGCAUGUGCUGCUAACUAGUAGUAACCUUGGUACGCUUUACCUUGCAAUAUUUAUAAGACGAGAUUUGAUUUGGUUCUGCUCCAUUCCGGAGGAAGACAGCUUUUCAACGAGACCUGGAACGGCGUUCCGAACAAAGGGCGCCGUAGCUAUAGCUCUUAUGAUAUUCGGCACCAGCUUUCUUUUUGUUACGGCUCAUUUGACCGCGCAUCAAGAUAAGGUAAAAGAACGAGUUAAUGAUAUAAAGAGAAUCGUGAGGAAUCUUGACCUUCCAAAAGAGUUACCUAGCAGGCACAAAAGUAAAGAUGUUACACAAAAUUUCGAUUGUGUGUUUUGGUGCGGUGAUUUGAACUUCCGUCUAGCUCAACCAAGAGAGGAAGUGAUUCAAUGGAUCACGAAUACGUGCUUUCCACAACAAUCACCGAUAAACAUGCAGCAAACAUGCAAAGAUCAGCUGAAAAAUAUCCUGAAUGAGGGCGCAGUAUUGCGCGGUUUCGAGGAAGCCCCGAUCAUGUUCCCUCCUACCUACAAAUACGAUCCAGGAACGCAGAUUUUUGAUUCCAGCAGCAAGCAACGUACUCCCGCGUAUACCGACAGAAUUCUCUUUAGGGGAAAAGGUCAUGCCAGAGGAUACAUCAGGCGUGUUAGCCACGAGAGUUCCGGUAUGCAUAAGGACGGAGUUAUAGAAUGCUUGGUAUACGAUUCCGUUCCAAGUAUAUGCACCUCGGAUCACAAGCCAGUCUGGGGAGUUUUUAAAACCACGCUGCGGCCAGGUGUCGAUACAAUUCCGCUUGGCGCUGGGCUUUUCAAUCGCGAGGUGUAUUUGGAAGGUAUUAGAAGGCGCGCGGCAGCGAUGGACGAUUCUCUUGAAAGUUCAAAAGUUUGUUCAAUUCAAUAAAGAAAUUUGAGGCUUUCGCUCGAGAGUAUUAGCAGAAUUGGUAAAGUAUUUAUAGGUAAAGAUUUGUUUUUUUUUAAUAUGUCAGACGACACGAAAAAAAUAAUUACUCUAUACCGUUCUAUAAUAGACGUUUCUUUUGUACGAUUUGUGUACUUGCUAAGUCUGUCCAUUUUUUAUAGCGAUGAAAGAAAACUUUUCUAGUAAGAUUUGUAUAAUAGAUAACAAUUACCAGUGAACACCGUAAAAGUCUAGUCAAGCAGUGGAAUAAAUCUUUUGUUUAGAAAGAUGAGAUGUAAAUGAGGAUUUUAUAAUGUAUCGUUGGUAUAGCUUCAUAUAUACCGAUGGUAUAUCUUCGUAUAUAUACCGUUGGUAUAUCUACAUUCGUAUUGUGCCACACAUUAGAAAAAUAAAAUGGCUUUUUUGGCUUUAAGUGGCCGAUAUUGUCAAAAAAUUACCAAAAAAUGAUAUUCUUUUUGUAACUGAGGGUUUUAUUAGAUGCAUUUUUUAUAGUAAUUCUAUAUUGUAGUGCGUUUAUCAAAAUAUAACUCGAAUAAUAUGGCAGAAUAUAUACAUAUUAUUAUGUAUGUAUUUAAAAUAUUGCAAAAAUUUGCAGUGUUAAAAAAUAAUUUUAUAAAUAUUAAGAGAGAGACAUAUUUAUGUAAUUUCCUGCUACUAAUCUGCUGCUAAUAAUUGACAUUUGUAGAUCAAAUUUCUUAUAAGAUGAUUAUUUUAAUUUUUACGCGUUUAACUUAGAAAUAAUACCAAAACAGUAGACCAAAUUAUCGGGCCAAUACUAUAUUAGAAAAUUAAUAGUCGCAAGAUUUAGAUAAUACUUUUGUUCAUUAAUUAGUUAUAUUCUUAUUUAUUGGGACCACCCAUUGUGUCAAGACACUUAAAAGACAAUUCGAAACAGUAGAAUAUCUUUUCUUAAGCAUACAUGUGUAUGUAUACAUGUAUAAUAACUAGUUGCUAAAUAAUAUUGUCGUUUCAAAUAGUGUUGUGUUAUCGGUUUUAAAUAGUCUAUAGCAUUAAAUGAUAAUGCUCCUUGAUAAUAGGAGAUGCCCUAUUUCUACCUUGUUGUAGAUAUUAAUAAUAAUCAUGGCAUAAUUAUAAAACCCCACAGUAUUGUUACACAAUAAUAAUAUAUGCACAAAUAAGGCAACUAUACCAACAUUAGAUUUAACGUUUGCUAUUUUGAAACUAUGAGGAAAUAAUUGCUGCAUAAAUAUAUAACAUGUGAUAUAAAUUAUAGUCAUGUUAUACAAUUUUUUAAUAAUUAACUAUGUCUUUUACUUACAUUUAUUAUGAGUGGUAACUACAAUUUUUUGUUAAGUACAAAUGGAUAUUUUUAAUUUGAUUGUUAUGAUUUUGUUAUGUGUCUUUGUGAUAAAUUUAACUAUUACUUUUUAAUUGUCUUAUAUUUCACAUUAUUUCAAUAUAGUUUUCAAGAUAAUUCAAGUCUUACAUCUAAUAUAUAAAAUAGACAUAUUAUGACAAUGUAUCUAGGAAUUACUGUAUAUUCUUUUCUUUUCUCUACUAGUUCCUUUCUCUUCUAACAUACUAAUUGGAAAAAGAACAAUAGCAAAGUUUGGUUUAUAAAAAGCAAAUGAUGUAUAAUGUAAUUACAUUUAUAUGUUAAGAUAAACAAUAUGAACAUACUAUAUAUAAAAAAUUAAGCUCCACAACAAAAUACUUGAAGUGGUGUUUAAUACGCUUAAAAAGUUCCAUUAAAUAUGUUAUAGAACAUAUAUAAAUGUUUGAUAGAGAAGAAAGCGCUUAUACCUAAUUAAAACAAAGUAUUAAAAAAAGACAUAUAUGAUGUAUUACAUGUUAGGUGAUAAGUUAAGAAUAUUGAACUAUACUUUAAGAAAGAUGUGAUUCAAUGAUUUAUUAUUUGUAUUAUCAAAUGCAAAAUGUACUCUAUUGCGAGCAAAAUAUUCAAAGCUGUAAAGCAACAUGAUUCUGGAGUUCUCGCACUCCAAAUAAAUAAUCAAAGGGUUAAUCUUAAAUUGGAAGGGUAUUUCUAUAUGAUAGAGGCAUUUCGUGUCAUGCGCAUACUUUAGUGUCUUGUGAUAACUUCUUUGUAAUUGCGUAGACAGGUUACCAAAUGAGGUGCCUAAAAACAUCUUUUACUGUUUCUGAGCUUUCUACAAAUGAAGCGAGACUAAAAACUGUCAGGGUCAAGAUCUUUAAGUCUGCCGAGCAGGUUGCCUUAAUCAUGCCUUACUUAAAUCGUUACAUAUGUAGUUAUGUAAUCUCGACCUCUGUGUACAAUUCUCUUGAGAUUAAAUUUCAUUCAAAUCUCCGCUUCGAUUAGAAAAAGAAAGGGAAAAUGCAGUACAGAAUAAGUAAUUUAUGUUGCAGUCAUUUUUGUAAUAUAUGAACAAAAAA